GCCGCAGCCCACAUCUGCGUGCGCUCUCCUCCGGCCAGCAGGAAGAACACAGGCUGUGGCUGCCCGGGCUCAGGUCAUGGCUGCUCCCGCGCCGCCCCAGGCCCCUGCCGAGGGCUCGCCCUGGUCGCUGAGCCUUCUGCCCCCGCCUCUGCUCCGGCUGGACCCCACCGGCGGCGCGCUGCUGCUGCUCGGCCUGGCCGCGCUGCUCGGCUGGAGCUGGCUGCGGCGGUGCCGUCCUGCGGGCAUACCCCCCGGGCCCACGCCCUGGCCCUUGGUGGGUAACAUCGGUUUCGUGCUGCUGCCUCCCUUCCUCCGCAAGAGGUGCUGGAUGUACCGCCCGAAGAGGGGCGCAGGCGUGGACCCCUCCGCGAGCUCGCAGGUGGUGCUGACCCACCUGGCCCAAGUCUAUGGCAACAUCUUUAGCUUCUUCUUGGGCCACUACCUGGUGGUCGUCCUCAAUGACUUCCACAGCGUGCGCGAGGCGCUGGUGCAGCAGGCCGAGGUCUUCAGCGACCGCCCUCGGAUGCCAAUUGUCUCCCACAUGACCAAGGAGAAGGGAAUUGUAUUUGCACAUUAUGGUCCAAUCUGGAGACAACAGAGGAAGUUCUCUCAUUCAACUCUUCGUCAUUUUGGAUUAGGAAAACUUAGCUUAGAGCCCCACAUUAUUAAGGAGUUCAAAUACGUGAAGGAGGAAAUGCAAAAGCAUGGAGAAAACCCCUUCAACCCUUUCCCCAUUGUCAACAAUGCCGUCUCUAACAUCAUUUGCUCCUUGUGCUUUGGCCGGCGCUUUGAUUACACCAAUAGUGAGUUUAAGAAAAUGCUUAAUUUUAUGUCACGAGGGUUAGAACUCUCUCUGAACGUCCAGCUGCAAUUUAUCAACAUAUGCUCCUGGCUUUAUUACCUUCCCUUCGGACAAUUUAAGGAAUUAAGACAAAUUGAAAAGGACAUUAUCACUUUCCUUAAAAAAAUCAUCAAAGACCAUCAAGAGUCACUGGAUGCUGAGAACCCUCAGGAUUUCAUAGAUAUGUACCUUCUCCAGAUGGAGGAAGAGAAGAAAAAUAAUAGCAAUGGUAGUUUUAAUGAAGACUACUUACUUUAUAUCAUCGGUGAUCUCUUCAUUGCUGGGACUGACACCACGACUAACUCUCUGCUUUGGUGCCUUCUGUAUAUGUCACUGAACCCUCACAUACAAGAAAAGGUUCAUGAAGAAAUUGAAAGGGUCAUUCAUCCCGGCCGAGCCCCUUCCCUGACUGACAAGGCCCAGAUGCCCUACACAGAAGCCACCAUCAUGGAGGUGCAGAGGCUGACUACGGUAGUGCCACUUGCCAUUCCUCAUAUGACCUCAGAGAAAACAGUGCUCCAAGGGUAUACUAUUCCUAAAGGCACAGUGAUAAUACCGAAUUUGUGGGCAGUGCACAGAGACCCAGCCAUUUGGGAGAAGCCUAAUGAUUUCAACCCUAAUCGAUUUCUGGAUGAUCAAGGAGAGCUUAUUAAAAAAGAAACAUUUAUUCCUUUUGGCAUAGGGAAGCGGGUGUGCAUGGGAGAGCAGCUGGCGAAGAUGGAACUGUUCCUUAUGUUUGUGAGCCUGAUGCAGAGUUUCACAUUCGCUUUACCUAAAGAUGCUAAGAAGCCUCUUCUGACUGGAAGAUUUGGUCUAACUUUAGCCCCAUAUCCAUUUAAUAUCAUCAUUUCAAAGAGAUAAAGAACACCUCCAAAAAGAGAUGGUGAUCAGAAUGUAAAUACGUCUUUCUAAUCACAUUCUUCCUUCUGCAGUGGACAGUGGAUCCAGGUUAGGCUCAAGUUAGACUGAGAGGGUGGAACAUAGGGGAGCUUUCAUCUUGGGGGAUUUCUAGCAGGAUACUUUGGCCAUUUUAUUAAAGCUUGUCUGUGAGUCAGGGGAUGGGACCAAAGUACUGGAUCAGGAAGCAGGCGAUCUGGAUUUUAUUCCCAGUGGCUUCCAACAAUGAGCAUUUCUUCUCCUCUGUCAGUGCCUUAGUCAUUUUGUGUGAUAACAAAAUUUGCCUUCUAUCUCUCAGCACAAACCAAGGUCAGAUGCCCCAUAUCUUUUCUGACAUUGCCAAAACACUGUUCAGUUCUGGAGAACAAGUUUAGGAACAGAGGAAGACCAGCCUGUUUCAGACCUGUGACAACACAAAAGUGGUAUUUAGACUUGAGUACUUGGUCAGAAAAGGACGUGCGUUUAGGGUGAGUUACAGCUUUGCUUGCCACAGGCCCUAUGCCAGUUUGGGGGUGGGGACUGUUUUGUUCUCGUUAAUUUCUUUCUCUCUCUUUUUUUUUUUUUUUAUGAUUUUAGUUUUUACUUUUUGUAGACAUGGCAGGAAGUGGACCCUGGUCCAGUAAUGUUGAGGAAAGGUUACAGUCUGAAUUUUUAUGUCUACCUUCUAUGUCAACAACAGCCUGGCUGAAGAAGUGGCCUCAUGGCACUUCAUAAGACUUCUCCUAAACUUUCUGAUGAGUUUACUUGCAAAGAUACAGCGCUGCCUUUUGACUUGAGCCCUGAAUAGUGAGCUUAGAAAUUUUGAUACUGGGAUUCAGAUUGUUCUGAAUUCUUUCCUAUUCUCCUUGCCCAGUAUGCCAGUGCUGCUCCCAAUGAGAACACAGUCCACAGAAGGACGAGUCUUUCUUUAUUCACCCAUAGUACUCCUUCCUCAUAUAGAAGUAAUCAUGAUAAUAAUAUUAACAACCAUAUUUUUUAGCCUUUCCUUCUACUGACACCAUUUUUAAUGCUUUACUUGUCAGCAUACAUAAUCCUUACAGAAAAUUAAGAGGAUGCCAUUUUGUAGCUGGUAAAGCCAACACGUAUGGAGAACGUUCAUGCACCUAGAGAAAGGGUACCAUUGUUCAAGUCAAACUUACCCGUCUUUGUGCCUGGAGGUUGUUUCUGAACCACUUCUCUGUACUGCCAGGACUUGAUCCCAUAGCAGUCUACCCCUCUGCAGUUUCAAUAUAGACAAAUGAAAUACAGGCUAAUCUUUAGCUGCCGUGAGGAUUUUUGUUAAUAAUAAAAAAUUUAAAAAAACAACCAAUAAACUAAAUGCCCAGAAACAAACUGUAAGAGGCUGUUGUAUAGAUUUUCGAUGAGAUAUAUGUGUAGAUUAAAGUGCACCUGGAGCAGGACAGGUAUGUUCCUGAUUUGGAAUUUCACAUGCUUCUGAACUGUACUAAUACCUUUAUACACACUUAAUUUCAACCUUCCUAACAAAAGCUUGUAGCUUACAUGGGCAAAAAAACUGUUCUGUGAGACUAUGUUGAAAUCAGAUGUUUAUUAAACUCUUAAAUACAAUGUCUCACACUGUUGCACUUUAAAAUCAGCUUUAUAUGGUAAGUCACUGGAAGGGCUACUAAUGCUUUCCUUGCACAUGUUGAUGUUUUAGGGUUUUAUACUUUAUGAUUUGUUUGAAAAGUAAAAAUGGUAGUACUUUGUUUUAGAAAUCUGCCAAAAAUCUAAUUUUUAGUCUUCAUCUUUAGCAUAAUUUUUAUGCUUUUAUUAAACAUUCUAUUUUAACUUUGAUAGUGUCAUGUCUGGUUUUUUGUUUCUUGUUUUAUUUUAACUGCUAAACCAAAUUCUGUUUUACCAGAUGCCAAGUUAGGAAAUGGAAGAGGGAGUAGACCUCCAAGAAGAGCCACAGUAUUAUAUAAGCAUUUAGACAGGGGGGUACCAGUUACUCUGAGAACUGUCUCAGCCCAAGUUUCCCAUUUGCCACGU